AUGGGUUGCUAUGGUUUGGGAAUAUCACGUUUACUUGCUGUAUGCAUUGAACAUUUUACAAGAGCCUCAUUUCCUGACAAAUCUGCUGAAAAGAUAACACAACUUCGUUGGCCUGUUCAAAUUGCACCUUACUGUGGUGCAAUAGUUUUCCAAAAGGAAACUGCUAAGGACGCUCUCAAUGCACCUGAACAGAAAUCAAUCCUGGAUGUCAUUCAGAGUCAUCCUGUAACUAUACAAAUGCCCGGUGACAUCCUCGUAGAUGACCGGAAAGGACUGAGUUUGGGUAGAAAGGUUCUGGAUAUCAGUCGUUUGGGCGUACCCUGGAUCCUCAUUGCUAAGGGCAACAUGGAUACAUAUGAAUUGGUCGACGUUUAUGAAGGAAGAUCAUGUGCAGUUACACUAGAACAAGCGAAAAUUGUGUUUAAUAACCCUGCCACUUUUAACUCAUCCUCACUCCCAUCGUGGAAAAGGGAAUAA